AGCGAACACAAUUAGCGGCAAUUUGAACUGCCGACACAUUCGUCCAUACACCAUGGAUUCUGGCUUUUGAAUAUUUCCUGUAAAAAAAUAAGUAGGAUCGUGAGCCGAUUUUGAUCAACCAGUUUACAUGAUUGACGCGACCAGGAUGAAGAAAAAUCGUAGAUCAACAGAUAGUCUUAGGCGUAGAAGUGGACUAAAUUUCAGUCCCAAGAAGUCCAGCGAUAAUGAGGAAAACGUCUCGCCAUCCUUGCGGAGAUCGCCCCGCCUAGCUGCCCGUCUGAAGUCACCGCAUCUGACACCAGUACCAGCGAGUAGUCCGGUUGGGACAGCGAUCGCGAAAUCUCCUCUCGUGGACCAUAAUAUUUCGAAAGCUGGAUCUAAAGUGACGAGAUCGUCGUCUAUUGCUUCAAGAAGUUCUGUCAAUGGGAGGAGGGAGAGCGAUGUAUUUGACACAUCACUGAGUCCUAUCAAAGUUUCAUCACCAACAAAUGAUUCAAGCAUGUCGAGCUUUGUCAUGCAAGACACAUCGAUGGCAUGCCCAGACUCAACCUUUGUGGCAAAAUCAAAACGGAGGAAAAGAAAACAGACAUGCUCAGAUGAUGAAGAGGAACUCUCAUUCUUUGAGUCAUUAAAAAAAAAGAAACGAAGGAACACAUGUACUGAUGAAGACAGUGAUACCCUGAGCAUGAGAAGCUUUAGUCUGCGGAAACGCAGGAACACAGAUGCAGGCAGUGACACAAUCAGCCUCAGAAGUUUCAGUCUUCGGUCUUCAUUUCGAAUAAAAAGGGACCCCAAGCCAGACCUUGAUACACUUAGUUUGCAAAGCUUCUCAAUGGGGAACAAGCGUAACCGGUCAAUGGUCAGGGUCGGUUCUCUGGCCAACAUCCUCUCACCUGUGUCCUCUGUCAAGAAAGUUGGACAGGCCAUCCAGCGCUCCAUGAGCUUUAGCAAAGGCAGCCACAGUGGAUCGAUGACCAUCAAACCCUACUGUAAACCCCCAGCUACACCCACCAAGAGGCGGGACAACAAACUCUGGUCCGAGACCGUCCAGGGAAACAUCAACGAGCCUCUCACCAAGAACGAGAUUAAGAGACAGGAGGCAAUCUUUGAGUUGUUCCAGGGUGAGGUGGACCUGGUGGAUGAUCUCUACCUGGUGAUGAAGACAUACAGAGAUGCCAUGAGAUCCCUUCAGAUCCUCACCGAUCAAGAACUCAACAUCAUUUUCGGCUCUCUGGAAGAACUCCGCAUGAUCCAUGAAGAGCUUGUAUGUGAUCUUCAGAAACAGAGGGGUAACAAUGGUGCGACGGAAGAAGUUGGAAAGGUGCUGCUGAAAUGGCUGCCUUUGGUGACAGAAGUGUAUGUGACGUACUGUACAAACCAACUUGCAGCUAAAACCUUACUAGAUGAAAAGAAACAGGAUUCAAAGGUCAACGACUUCCUGGAGAGGUGCAUUGAAUCUCCGUUCAGCCGAAAACUGGACCUGUGGAACUUCCUCGAUGUCCCUCGCAGUCGAUUGGUCAAAUACCCCCUCCUCUUCAAGAACAUCCUCAAAGGGACACCCUCAGACCAUGAGGACAAGAUCAACAUCACAUUAGCGAUCAAGAUGUGCAAGGAGAUCGUCAGCGAGGUUGACAGGAGAACGGGAGAGACAAAAUGCAAGCAUUUUAUCGACACAUUUGAGUAUCUGGACGACAGGCAACGCAACCACCUCAUCGCAUACCAGAAGAAUCUUCUCUGUGGGGGUGUCCUCAAAAGCACAAAGGGAACGAAACUUCACGUAUUCCUCUUCGAAGACAUUCUGGUGGUGACGAGACUGAUUACGAGAAACAAUCGCAAGUGUUAUCAGGUGUACAGGCAGCCCAUCCCCGUCAGGACAAUGGCGCUAGAGGACAUACCAGAGGGAGAGGUCAGGAGGUCGGGUUCUUUCAGAGGGGCACUCUCACACGGACCUUCAGUCAAGUGUGGUUUCAAGGUCCGUUCAACAGAUCCCAACCUCUCACAGUCCUUCACACUGCAUUCAAGUGACGAACACGACAAGAAACAGUGGCUUCAACUCUUCAGAAGCGCCAUCAGGAGGGCGAGACAGGACGAGACGUGUGUCUGAGCCACGCCCACCCACCCCCACCCCCUUCCAGCAGCUUAAACCCUACUACUGCUGUAGAGAUGAAAUUUUACAGGUCCCGCUUGUACUCCUCAUCAUCAUGCCAUCACCAGUGAGACAUGGACGUUGCCAUUUAUGAUCUAUGAUAGAGAAAGCAAUGAGCUUGAUGAUGAUUCGAUUCGAAGACAAUGACCAUACCUCUACAAAUAUCAGGACUGAGGACACUUUUUAUUGGUCGAGAGAGAGAAAUCAAGCGCAAGGGAAAAAGCCGUUUUUAUUUUGCCUCCUUCCCACAACAUCUUGCCAUUCUAUGAGAGGGGAGAGCCGGGCCAGUCGGCAGGAUGAGCGAUCAGUGCCGGAGUAGUGAAAUCAUGCGGGCAGAACGUGAUUUAUCGCACCACCAAUCGACUCUCCGGAGACCUCCAAAGGUUGUGACAUGUGGCACUAACCGGCUGCCACUCACUUGCUCGCUUCAGUCACUACCCCUGUCACAUUCCAUUCCAGACCUACAAGGACUGAACCUCUCACAUCAAUGGUAUAGAGAAAACAACAAAUUAUUCAAGAUGUAUUUGUAUAUUUUUGCAAAGGUGUGUCAAUGUAAGGUGAUAUGUACUCAUUAGAUAUGUGAGUUACAUGUGAACCAUCUGCCUAAGGACCAAACAAUGAUAGAUUCCAGUUAGCAUACAAUGAAUCUCAAUUGGCCGAUCAUUCAAUAUUCAAGUAUAGAUGAGUAGAUGUUAUAGAAAAUAACAAUACAUCAAUUUCUGAAUGUUAUUUUACUUGCAAACGUGAACCCUCCUCUUACCCCCUUUUUUUCGUCUUCUUCUGUUUUUCCUUGUUUAAUGAAUUUACUCAAACGCUGUACAUCUACCCAAAGCAUGUGGCUGCCUCUGUGUAAUAGUGUACAUGUAUUCUCAUUGAAGUAAUUUCAGGACUAGAAUUGUAUGAGUAGCAUAGAGGCAUAUGAUCUUGUGAAUAUAUUUUGUACAAUGCUGGAUGCUCAUACUAAACCUGUCUGUUCUUAAUCAGGAAUUUCCUUACUUUUAUAUUGUAAGUUAAAGGCUUUUAUACUAAUGCAAUGCAAUGUAUUCGGAGGUGAUGAUAUUAGUUCCUCUUGUCAUCAUGUUUCAAAAAACAAACAAAAAUCACAAAAAAAUAUAUAUACAUUUAAAAGAUGCACAUAUGGAGUAUGAAUUUGAUGUCAAAGUGUAAGUUAACAUUCCAAUUGAUGCUUGUCAUAUGGAUACUGGUUGAAAGCACAGAUGCAUUUUCGCUCUUUAUCUGUCUGUAUUGAAUUUCAAUGAUCAUUAUAUAGCGAUUAUUUAAAUCAAAACCUCUAAUUUGUUCUGUAAAUUAAUAAGAAAACUGCAUCAUCCAUGAGUGGGAAUUUGAUAUCAAGGCAGAAUAUGUAUAUCUUCCUCAAUGUUUUGUUUUCAUGCUUAUUUUGAUGUAGGACAUCAUGUUGAUUUAAACUUAUCCAGAAAACAUAUCCAAUUAUAAAGUGAAACAAAUACAAACAACUCAAACUUUUACUAGGGAGAGUUUCUUUGUGAUAAAUGUUCUUUAGGGGCACUUUUAUACUUGAGUAAGUUCUCAUGAGAGAAGAAUUAUAUAUAUAUAUAUAUAUUGAUAUGUAUUUCGUCGGUCUCUUUGGAUUUACUAGCUUGGAUAAAGGAAAACUAGUUGUGAGAAUAACCACUAAUGAAAAAUGCAUAUUAUUUUGUAGACAAAUUUCAUCUCCAUCAUGCCAACUAUGACACCCAAAAAGGAAGAUAGCAAACAUAACCAGUAUCUUGCCAUUGUAUACUUUCCUUGUGUAGAGCUUAUGACCUUACACGAACCUGAAAUAUUUCAAGACAAAAUAUUCCAUUAUGCUAUGUUUGAUAAUAGAGUAUAUGUAGCUUUCAUGCAAAUUUCAACACUCGCAAAUUUGUAAUUUUAAUUUUAAUUUUAAUUGGUAAACUAGAACAAAAAAUAGACAUUUUUUUGAAGAGGGAACAUCAACACUUCCAGCGAUUAUGGAGGUCUAUAUGAUUCUAAUCCCCCUUCGCCAUUCUUUUGUGAUGUACCAAAAAUUUGAAUUAGGUUUUAUUUGUAUUUUGUUCUUUUGAACUUAGGUACAUGAAAAAUUCUCUUUUCAUUCUCUCUCUCUUUUUAUCUUUUUUUUUUUUUUCCUCUCUGGUCUUCCUCACAUGCAUUUCUUUCCACGUGUUUGUACCCAACACAUGCAGGACAGAACAUGUGGAAGGAAAGUGUGUACCUUGAAGGUUAUCUCAACGAUGUUGGUGGUAAUUAACCUGAUUUUCCCAUACUGUUUGCCCAGCUUGCCUCAAUUAAAGAUCCAAUGUGCGUGUUUUCAACACAUGUUUGGUUCACCAACGCCAAUAACAUGUUUAGACCAUUGUGUUUUUAUGAGCAAUCACUCAUUGUCGCUUUAUGUGGUUCGGAAGCAUGAAGACAGACGGUGAUGUCUAAAUUUAAACAUCUCAUUAUUUAAGUUUCAAAAGUUUACUUUUCAUUGAAAUGGUUCAGAAAUUAUAUGAUUGUGAAGGAGAAGAGGUGACAUUGAAUAAAGGAAAGGCUUCAUUGUGCAAAUGAAAAA